AAAAAGCGGGGGGGCACGUUAUCCAGGGCCGCGUAUAUAAGGGGAGAGGUGAUGCUUUUCAAUUCAAUCCCAGAUGGGUCUCUCCAGCUGGAAGUAGAAUAUUGAUAGAGAGAAAGAGAAUGACCAUGACGACCAAGACAGAAGACCCCCAGAUAGUCCUGUUCUGCUACCCAGGGUCGGUGUUUGCCAGGCGCGUAACCUGGUACCUCUCCCUCCGCCGCCUCCCCUACAAGCAAUGCAUCCAGCCGAACAGGCUCCCACGCCCCGACCUCGCCCGCUUCGGCCUACGCUACCGCCGCAUCCCCUUCCUGACCCUCAACCGCGACAUCUACACCGACACGCGCCUGAUAAUCCGCAAGCUGGACGCGCUCAUCCCCGCGUCGGCCGCGCACCCCUCCCUCGCGCCCCCAGACGCCGCGAGUGCCGGCCUCUCGGCGCUCUUAGACGCGCACGCCAUUGAGGGGGGCUUGUUCUUCGCGGCCGUGGGGCUGAUGCCGCCAGACCACGCACUGGUGACGGACGCGGCGUUCGUGAAGGACAGGGAGGAGAUGGCUGGGCGGCGGCUCGAUGAUGUCGCGGCUACGAAGGCGGCGCGUCCCGCUGCUUUCGCUGCCGUGGAGCGUGUGUUCCACCUCUUGGAGACGACUAUCCUCGCCGACGGCCGCGAAUGGGUCUGUGGCGGCAGCGGCCCUACCGUUGCUGACAUCCACGCAACAUGGCCGCUGGACUGGCUCCUCCACGACCCCUUCAUGGCCGGGGCCCUCACGCCCUACGAGCGCACCCACCUCACGACCACGUACCCGCUCACCACGGCGCUACUCACGCGCUUCCGCGCCCACCUCUCCAGCCCCACCAUCAACGCCUGGGACGCCGAGCGCGCGGCCCCGCCAUCGCCGAUCACGGGUGCCGAGGCCGCGGCCGCGGUCGCCGGCGCGCCGUGGGCGGAGCCGGAGCUGAAGGUCGAUGCGGCGCAGGCGGAGGCGUUGGGCGUGGCCGAGUCGGCCGAGGUCGAGGUGUGGCCGACGGAUUAUGGGAGCGCGCAUCGCGAUCGGGGACGCUUGAUUGGGUUGGGCGUGGGGGAGGUUGUGCUUGCUGUGAAGGGAGAGGGGGACGCGGAGUUUAGAGUGCAUUUCCCGCGGGAGGGGUUCGCUGUUAAGGCGGUUUAAAGACUGUGUGGUGUAAUGCGUGGACUCAAUGGGCGGCGAAUGGAUGAAGAUUGCCUAUUGUAGAUUCGAUAUGGAAUGCAACGCAACACCGACAGCAGCCAUAGCCGCUGCUCUUAUGUGUCUUUCAGC